AUGGAACUCGGCAACCGAACGAAAGCUGAAGCUGUCACUUCGGCCAUGGAGGACGCAGAGCAUGAUGGUUACACUCGAGAUGACAGGGAUCUCAUGCGGCUGGGCAAGAAGCCUGUGCUAAAGCGUAACUUUGGCUUCAUGCAGAUCUUGGGUUUCGCCACUACCGCUUCUUCUGCAUACCUUGCCGGAACCAUCCUGCAGAGCACAAUACUCAUGUGCGACGAAAGCUACUCGCCAAAGCCGUACCAGGCGAUGCUGCUCGGCUGGGCUGUGCUCGCCUUUGCGGUCAUCAUCAACACGGUCGGAAGCAAAACACUCGCACACUUCGAAGGAUUGAUCUUGAUACUCCACAUCCUGGGCUUCUUUGCAAUCCUGAUCCCGCUUGUGUAUCUCGCUCCUCAUAGCAAUGCCUCAAUCUUCACCACAUUCGUCAACACCGGGGGCUGGUCGACGCAGGCGCUUUCGUUCAUGGUCGGGCUUCCAUCAUCCGUGUUCGCCCUGAUGGCCGAAGAAGUCAAGAACGCGUCUAAAGUCGUUCCACGAGCUAUCCAGAUCAGCGUAUUGCUGAAUGGCACACUUGGUCUUGCGAUGUUGAUCGCGUAUCUGUUCUGUCUUGGGGAUCUGGACGAUGUUCUGGCGUCCUCAGCAACACUCGGAUACCCCUACCUAUACGUGUUUUUGAAAGGUACCGGCUCAGCUGCUGGGGCUGCGACCAUGGCUAUGAUCAUGUGGACCCUCGGCGUCUGCUGUCUGGUGGGCCUCAUGGCUGCGACUUCACGACAGAUGUGGUCUUUCGCGAGAGACAACGCUAUGCCGUUUUCUGCUCAAGUCACCAAGCUCAAUCCUCGAACGCUCAUUCCCGUCAACACGAUCCUCAUCACUGCUGUCAUCAGUGUGCUUCUGUCGUUCAUCGCACUCGGCUCGUUUGUCGCCUUCAGUAACAUCGUCAACCUCAGUAUCGGCGGCCUCUACGCUUCAUACUUCAUCGUCUGCGCCCUGCUUCUGUGGCGACGUCUCAAGGGCAUCAGUCCCUACAACGCGCGAGCUGCGAUGGUAGGACCAGAGUCGCUGCAAUGGGGCCCUUGGAAAGUCCCGGGUGCGUUUGGCGUCGCCAACAACAUCUUCGCCUGCGUCUAUCUGUUCGUACUGUGGUUCUUCUCGUUCUGGCCGGGCUCGGUCAAAGUGGAUGCGCAAUCAAUGAACUUCAGCUCAGUCACGUUUGGAGGGACCGUGCUAUUCGCCAUCGUCUGGUAUUUUGUAAGAGGCAAGAAAACAUAUGUCGGGCCCAUCGUUGAGGUAGCCUUGUAG